AAAGAGAGACACUUAGGUGGUGAGAGUGAGACUUAAGACUUGAGAGAUCGAUAGCUCUCUGUACUUUUCCAUUGGCCGCAUCCCAACUCGUAUCACAAGCAAGAAGAAGUUAAAUCCACUGCUCUCUAUCCUUCUCUCUCUCCCUUUCCUUCUCUCUCAGCUCAAGAUCUUUCUAGCUUUCGGUGCUAUGAAAAGCUAAUCUGAGGCUGCAGUCAAUCUCUCCCUUCGCUUCAUAAUAGCCUCUGCAUCUCUCUCUGUUUUCCACAGACAACACAGACCUCAAGGUUCCAUUUAAUUACGGGCCUGCUUAUCUUCUAGCUAAGGUUUCUGUCUCUCUGUGGCUUACGCUUCGGUCAAGCUUAGCUUUUCCAUUCGGUUGCUUCUUCUACACGAUCUUAUCCCACUCUGCUUAAAAUUUAAGCUGAAAUUUUGCUCCAGAAAGUGAAAGAAACAAAAAAAAGAAGAAAAAAAAUUCCCAGAAUUUUCUCGGAAAAGCUACGUGAGCAGUGUAUGUAUAAUGGUCCUCCAGCAUCAAAUUCUGGCACGAGCCCAUUAAUUCAAAUCCCACAGUGGCAAACAGAGCAACCACAAUUCAUGGAUUCAAAUACCCAUCAGAACUUGCACUCCCAAGAGCACCAAACUCACCAACCGAAUUCUGGGUUACUGAGAUUUCGCUCUGCUCCGAGUUCACUGCUCGCAAAUUUCAACGAGAACAGCAAUUUGGGCCUCAUUGGUAAAAACCCAAUUGAGGGUUCUGAGUCAGAGAGAUUGUUUUCUAGAUUUGCGAAUUACAGCCACACCAACGACUCGGACUCUUGGCCGUCGAGUUUUCAAGAGUUAGACGACAAGUCUACAGUGACGGCGACGGAGAGCCGUAUGAGCUCACAGCAGCAGGGCUAUUCUGGGCUCCCUCCUCAUUAUCCGAGACAGAGCUCGUUCAAUGGCUCGUAUGGGUUGGUGGGUUCGGCUGCAAUGAACCAUCACACUCAACCCAAGGCCGUUCACUCGAAUCUUGUUCGACAAAGUAGCUCCCCUGCUGGGCUUUUCUCCAACAGCUCUGUUCAAAAUG